GUAACUUAAGUUGUUUGGGUGCAGUCAGUCGCCUUAUGUUUAUUGCUAUGGGAUAUAUUUUUAAUAAGCAAACGACGGAUAAAUUAUAAAUUGCAAGUUUGUGCAAGUGAAGCUAAGUUGUAUCGUCGUAUAUUACAGAACUGUCAAAAAGGAGGUCAAAGGACACAGUUCUGUAGGUCUGUAGGCAGUCAUUCUAUAUAGCUAUUUUCAAAGGAGCUAAAAUCGGCUUCUGUAAAACGGUGACAGCAAGAGCCAUGCAGUGAAAGUGUGCGUGAAGUUUAUUUUGAAUCCUACAGCUUUGUUAUGGCUUCUUCUGUUAGCUGCUCUUUGUUAUUGUUACCUGCCAGACUCUGUCGAAGUCUGCGGUCAAGAGCAAGCUGGACGCUCUCCGCUAAAGGCUUCGAUCAAAGGAGCUCGUUUCCAAGUGAAGGUGCAACAGUUCUGUCCAGACAUGCACGAUCUCUCUGCUGGACUCAGACCCGAGGGUUUUUCUCCCACGGUGGAAGUUCGUCCGCUAAGCAGCAGACCCUGGAGGAUAUCGCGAAGAGCAUCCGGGAGCAGCAGUUCAAGAGGGUCGUGGUGAUGGCUGGAGCGGGGAUCAGCACUCCCAGUGGCAUCCCAGAUUUCAGGUCUCCAGGCAGUGGUCUCUAUGACAACCUGCAGCAGUAUGACCUGCCUUACGCCGAGGCCAUAUUUGAGAUUAGCUUUUUCCACCAUAACCCAAAUCCCUUCUUCGCCCUGGCCAAAGAGCUGUAUCCAGGAAACUACCGCCCCAACCUGACACACUACUUUGUAUAUCUGCUUCACAAGAAGGGUCAGCUGCUCCGGAUGUACACACAGAACAUUGAUGGCCUGGAAAGACUAGCAGGGAUUCCUCCUGAGAUGCUGGUGGAGGCCCACGGCACGUUUGCCACUGCCACCUGCACCGCUUGCUUGAGGAAAUAUGAGGGCGAGGACCUCAGACCCGACGUGAUGAGUGGGACGGUCCCCAAGUGUCCCACCUGUAAGGGCGUGGUAAAGCCUGACAUCGUGUUUUUUGGUGAGGAGCUUCCACGACACUUCUUCAAGUAUAUCACAGACUUCCCACUGGCAGACCUGCUGAUCAUCAUGGGCACAUCACUGGAGGUGGAGCCUUUUGCCAGUCUUGCUAGAGCUGUUCGCAGUUCUGUGCCCCGUCUUCUCAUCAACAGGGACUUGGUGGGGCCGUUCACCUGGAGCCGCCGGCCUAAUGACGUCGCACAGCUGGGUGAUGUGGUGAGCGGUGUGCAAGCUCUGGUUGAUGCUCUUGGCUGGACUCGGGAACUUGACGCUCUGAUGGCGGCCAGCACUGAGAAAAGUGCACCAAAAAAAGAAGAGUGACACAAGUUCACAACAUCAAAAAACGAGGUUUGACUUUACAUCAAACACACAAACUGUAGGAUGAAGUCCAGAAGACUCGAGGUUUACCAGGAUUUUAAAAAUGGGAUCAGUGGUAACUAUCAGACUGGUAGAUAAAGAAGUUGUAUAGUGGAAAUGCUGUGUAAUUAAUGCUCAGUCAAAUAUGAAUAAAAUACUGUAUAACAAAGUUUUGUGUGCAGUAGAAUUUACUCUGCAGUAGCAAUAUUGAGUACAGCACACAGUAUUGUACAGGUACAGUACUCACUGGUACUUUAUUUUAUUUGUAAAUGCACAGUUGACAGACCCAAGCU